UAAAAGCAGGAGAAGAAGAAGAAGGAAAAAAAGAUGCAUUGACAGUUGUCCUGGAUACCGAGGCCGUUCCGUGCUCUGCAUCUGACCCAUUCAUGGUACACAAGACCACGCUUCGCAAUGUGUACAACGAUGCACGCACACGAGCAGGAUGUGGUCAAAAGACAUUUGACGUUGUGCUAUGGAAUAAACAGCGGCAGAUAACAGAAACUUCAAUUGCAAACAUUGCUAUUCAGACGGAAGGGGAUCGAUGGAUAACGCCAAGUUUACAAUGCGGUUUGCUUCCGGGAGUAUUCCGAGACAAGCUCUUUUCUUCAGAUGAAAAUAUCGUCGAAGGAGUGAUCAGUGUGGAUGACCUGAUAAAUGCACAAAAGAGCGGGUAUCCAAUCGUGUGCUUCAAUUCUGUGCGAAAGGCAUAUCGCGUGCAGCUUGUGGAUCUAUCGACGUAGCACCAUCAGUUGUUUCUUCUUUUGAUCGAACGACGACGGGUGUGGUGGUGACAUCGGCGGCAGAUUGCCGACUUGUGCUGUUUUAUUUAGGGAUGGAUGCGGAUGGGAUUUAGCGUGCUUUUGAGGAGCUAGACCUUUCCUCCCCCUCCCCCCCUGCGUGAUAGUAGGAAAAAAGACUUAUAAUUUUAUUAACAGCAUAGAGAGUACAAUAAAAUUAUAUCAUGAAGGAAAAAGAUAUCUCUA